AUGUUUAAGAGAUUUCAUAUGAAACAAACAUUUUUGUUUGGAUUCAUUAUACUUAUUAUUACAUUUUUAUAUUCAAUUGGUGUUUUGGAUUAUUUUAGGCAAAAACCAUUUAAUGAAUUUGAAUGGGAGCCAUACCAUAUAGAUGUACGAAGACAGGUAAUUUUACAAAUUACUGGCAAUAAACCAGAAAUAAAUGAAAUUAAUUCUCAUUUAAAAUAUUUAAUUUUACCUUCUUGUGAUGGACAAGAAUUAGGAGAGAAACGGUCAAUUUUAAUUAUCGUUAAAAGUGCUCCAAAUAGAUAUGAAUAUAGAAAAGCUAUUCGUGAUACAUGGGGUAAACAAAAAAAUAUGUUAGGUUUCAAGAUACGUACCAUCUUUGUAAUGGGAAAUGAUAUUAAUAAUAAAAAAAAUAUUGAAGAUGAGUAUGAAAUUAAUCAAGAUUUAUUAGUUGGUGAUUUUAUUGAUGAUUACCGUAAUAAUACAUUAAAACUUAUAUUAUCUUUUGAUUUGGCAAAAAAUUAUUGCAAUCUUAAAAAUCCAAUUCCUUUUUAUUUAUUUAUUGAUGAUGAUUAUUAUCUUUCAAUAGAAAAUUUAAUUAGUGAAGUUAAGUAUCAUAUUCCAUCAGAACGUCUAUAUAUGGGAUACCGUUUUGAUUCUACACCUUUUAGAAUAACACUAGCCAAACAUCAUAUUUCACUUUCUGAAUAUCCUUUUUCAAGAUGGCCACCAUAUAUUUCAGCUGGUGCUGUUUUAUUAACUAACACAACAUUAAGUGAAUUUUAUUAUGCUUCAAAAUAUGUCAAAACUUUUAAAUUUGAUGAUAUAUAUACGGGAAUUAUUGCUUAUUUAUUAGGAAUCACCCCUAUUCAUAAUGAAAAAUUUGCCUUCUGGAAGAGUAAUGCAGAAAAUGAUGAUUUUAAAAUUACUAUAGCACAUCAUGGGUUUGAUCCAAUUAUGUUACGAAAUAGGUGGAUAGAAUUACAUAAUUUAUUAUAA